AUGCCGAAUGACACUUCUGCAGAGAACUUUGUCUUGGUGGAUUUCUCUGCUCAGCCCCAGAUAGAGAAGAUCCUCUUCGUGGUUGUCUUGAUCUUCUACCUCCUAACCCUGGUGGGCAACACCGCCUGGAUCUCCGUCGCCAUGUACUUCUUCCUGUCUCACCUCUCCCUCGAGGACCACUGCUUCACCACUGACAUCGUCCCCCACUUCUAUGGAACCUCCGGGGGCCCUCCAAGACCAUCAUCGUGGUCGGUUGUGCGGUCCAGCUGUACGUCGUCCUGGUCCUGGGGUCGACGGAAUGCAUCCUUCUGGCCGUCAUGGUCUUGGACAGUCGCCGCCAUCUGCCUAACCCUUCACUACACCACCGCCAUGCACCCGUGGCUCUGCCAGGUCCUGGUGAGAUUACCCUGGAUGUGUGGGGUGGGGGACACCGCGAUUCAGGCCACCGUCAUCUUCCUCCUGCCCCGCUGUGGACACCAGCUACUUCCCCACUUCACCUGCGAGAUACCCGCCCUGCUCAAGCUGGCUUGUGUGGACGUCCGUGCCAAUGAGAUCCAGCUCUUCGUGGGCACUCUGGUCCUGAAUCUCCUGCCCUUGAGCAUGAUCACGGUCUCUUAUAGGUCCAUCGCCUGGGCCAUGCUGAGGAUCAAGUCGCCCCAGGGUUGGAGGAAGGCCCUGGGUACCUGCGGGUCCUACCUCCUGGUGGUCACUCUCUUCUACAGGUCCAUCAGGGUGGUCUACAUCUGGCCCAACAGCUCCUUCUCUGGGACUUUGGGCAAGUUCCUCACCCUCUUCUACACCGUUGUGCAGAACAUUUUGUCCUCGCGUUGA